AUGGAGAGAGAGCAGAGGGAGACCACGCGCAAGAACAUCAUUGUGGUGGAGCCCGGCGAGAGGCCGCCGCAGCGCCCGCCGCCGCCGGAGCGCUCCUCGGACGGGAUUGUCCUGGCGGUGGGGAGGCAGCAGAACUUCCAGCUGGACCCACCGCUGCCGGCAAAACUCUUCUACAAGACCAAGCUAUGCGUGAACUAUGACACAAGCGGCCGCUGCUUCUUCGGGGAACACUGCGCCUUCGCGCACGGCGUCGCCGAACUGCGCCGCCCGGAUGUCGACAUGGGUGACAAGAUAUGCCACAACUUCAGGUAUAACGGCACAUGCUACUACGGGGAGAAUUGCAUCUUCUCCCAUGCGUCACCAGGUCUGGCGAUUCGCAAUCCAUCUGCUGGGCGCGAGAUGCCUGCGGCUCCGGGGAGGGCCUUCCCGCCGGUGCCUGCGCCGGCCGUGCGUGAGCGUCCCCAUCCGGAGGAGCAGGAGGCUGGUGCCAGAAGGGUCAGCAACCUGGAGCGUCUGAGCUGGAACAAGACCGGCGGCACCUACGGGGACUGGCCCGAGCAGUACUGA